GGCUCUUGUCUGGGGUUCUCAGGAGGGGAGAGUUGGGAGAGACUUUGCUGCGGAGGAAAUUUAUUUGAUAGCUUGAAGGUGUUUACAAGAGCAAGAAAUAUAAGAGGAAAAGCCAUACAGGCCAAUGGUGCUUGGGAAGAAAAUAGCCCUAUUGCCUUGAGUUUGUAGGUGCCACUACUACUCUGGGAAAAUGGCAGAUGACGAAGAAUAUGAGGAGGUGAUAGAGUACUACACAGAAGAGACAGUCUAUGAAGAGGUACCAGGAGAGACGAUAACAGAAGUCUAUGAAACCACAACGACAAGGACAAUACCCUCUGAAUAUGAACAGUCAGGAACUUCCAGGCCAGCACUGGCACAACCAGUGCCGGAAAAGCCAGUGGAGAGGAAGAAGGUGGUGCGAAAGAAAGUGGACACAUCAAAGUUCAUGACUCCCUAUAUUGCACACAGCCAGAAGAUGCAGGAUCUCUUUAGCACAAAUAAAUACAAGGAGAAUUUUGAGAAAGCAAAAGGACAGCCAUGCACCUUCACAACAGAUACUCCAGAACUUCGCAGGAUCAAGAAAGUACAAGAUCAACUCAGCGAGGUUAAGUAUCGAAUGGAUGGCGAUGUUGCUAAGACUAUUUGUCACGUAGAUGAAAAAGCAAAGGACAUUGAACAUGCCAAGAAAGUGUCGCAGCAAGUCAGCAAGGUUUUAUACAAGCAAAACUGGGAGGACACCAAGGAUAAGUACCUGCUUCCUCCUGAUGCCCCUGAACUUGUCCAGGCCAUUAAGAACACAGCCAUGUUCAGUAAGAAACUGUACACUGAAGACUGGGAAGCAGACAAAAGUUUGUUUUACCCAUAUAACGAUAGCCCGGAGCUGAGGAGGGUCGCCCAAGCCCAGAAAGCUCUCAGUGAUAUUUCCUACAAAAAAGGUCAUGUUGAACAGCAGUCUCAAUUCACAUCGCUAGCAGAUCCUCCAGACAUAGAAUUUGCCAAGAAAGUGACCAAUCAAGUGAGCAAGCAAAAAUACAAGGAAGACUAUGAAAAUAAAGUCAAAGGCAAAUGGAGCGAGACACCUUGCUUUGAAAUCGCAACGGCUAGAAUGAACGCUGACAACAUCAGCACAAGGAAAUACCAAGAAGACUUUGAGAAUUUGAAAGACCAGAUCUACUUCAUGCAGACGGAGACACCCGAGUACAAAGUGAACAAGCAAGCUGGGGUGGCCGCCAGCAAGGUAAAAUACAAAGAAGACUAUGAGAAGAAUAAAGGAAAAGCUGAUUACAAUGUACUUCCUGCUACAGAGCAGCCACUGUUCAGGCAGCUGAAGGCGGCAGGAAACGCCCUAAGUGAUAAAUUAUACAAAGAAAACUAUGAAAAGACAAAAGCGAAGAGCAUAAAUUACUGCGAGACUCCCAAAUUUCAGCUGGAUACGAUUCUGCAUAACUUCAGUAGUGAUACUAAAUAUAAAGAUUCUUACCUGAAGAAUAUUUUGGGACAUUAUGUGGGCAGCUUCGAGGAUCCAUAUUAUACACACUGUAUGAAAGUCACAGCUCAAAACAGUGACAAAAAUUACAAGGCAGAAUAUGAAGAGGACAGAGGCAAAUGCUUCUUCCCCCAGACUAUAACUCAAGAAUAUGAGACAAUCAAGAAGCUAGAUCAGUGCAAAGAUCAUACGUACAAAGUUCACCCAGACAAGACAAAAUUCACUCAAGUGACUGACUCCCCUGUCCAGCUGCAAGCCCAGGUCAAUUCCAAACAACUGAGUGAUCUAAAUUACAAAGCGAAACAUGAAAAUGAAAAAUUCAAGUGCCACAUGCCUCCAGAUACUCCAGCUCUCAUUCAGCAUAAAGUCAAUGCCUAUAACCUGAGUGAUAAUGUUUAUAAGCAUGACUGGGAGAAGAGCAAAGCUAAGAAGUUUGACAUUAAAGUGGACGCCAUUCCCCUGCUGGCAGCCAAAGCCAAUAGCAGGAACGCUAGCGAUGUGAUGUAUAAGAAAGACUAUGAGAAAAGCAAAGGGAAAAUGAUUGGGGCCCUCAGCAUUAAUGAUGACCCCAAGAUGCUUCACUCUCUGAAGACGGCCAAAAACCAGAGUGAUAGAUUAUACAGAGAGAACUAUGAGAAAACAAAGGCUAAGAGCAUGAAUUAUUGUGAGACUCCCAAAUACCAACUUGACACUCUACUGAAGAACUUUGGAGAGAAUAAAUACAAAGAUUCAUAUGUAAAGAAUAUCUUGGGACAUUAUGUGGGUAGCUUUGAGGACCCAUAUCAAACACACUGCAUGAAAGUUUCCGCUCAAAACAGUGAUAAGAACUACAAAGCAGAAUACGAAGAAGAUAGAGGGAAAUGCUAUUUCCCUCAGACAAUAACGCAAGAAUAUGAAGCAAUCAAGAAACUAGACCAGUGCAAGGAUCAUACCUACAAAGUCCACCCAGAUAAGACCAAAUUCACCGCAGUCACUGACUCUCCAGUACAGUUACAAGCCCAGCUCAAUACAAAACAGCUUAGUGAUCUGAAUUACAAAGCAAAGCAUGAAAGUGAGAAGUUCAAGUGCAAUGUUCCUGCAGAUGCCCCACAGUUUAUCCAACAUAGAGUCAAUGCUUAUAACCUGAGCGAUAACGUUUAUAAGCAUGACUGGGAGAAGAGCAAAGCUAAGAAGUUUGACAUUAAAGUGGACGCCAUUCCCCUGCUGGCAGCCAAAGCCAACAGCAGGAACGCUAGCGAUGUGAUGUAUAAGAAAGACUAUGAGAAAAGCAAAGGGAAAAUGAUUGGGGCCCUCAGCAUUAAUGAUGACCCCAAGAUGCUUCACUCUCUGAAGACGGCCAAAAACCAGAGUGAUCGUGAAUACCGUAAAGAUUAUGAAAAGUCCAAAACUGUCUACACAGCUCCUCUUGAUAUGGUCCAAGUCACUCAAGCAAAGAAAUCUCAGGCAAUUGCCAGUGACGUGGAUUAUAAGCAUCUCAUCCACAAUUACAGCUACCCACCAGAUAGCAUCAACGUGGAUCUAGCCAAAAAGGCUUAUGCACUGCAGAGCGACGUUGAAUACAAAGCUGACUACAACAGCUGGAUGAAGGGUUGUGGCUGGGUUCCAUUUGGAUCAUUAGAAAUGGAAAAGGUCAAGAGAGCUUCAGACAUUCUUAAUGAGAAAAAAUACCGCCAACCUCCAGACACUCUCAAGUUUACCUCGAUUGAAGAUGCUCCUAUUACUGUACAAUCUAAAAUUAACCAGGCCCAGAGGAGUGAUAUUGUUUACAAAGCCAAAGGAGAAGAAAGCCUUCACAAGUAUAGUCUGCCAGCCGACUUGCCCCAGUUCAUUCAGGCUAAAGUGAAUGCCUACAACAUCAGUGAGAAUAUGUACAAAGCCGACUUGAAAGACCUGAGCAAGAAGGGGUAUGACCUGAGGACCGACGCGAUUCCCAUCAAAGCGGCCAAGGCUGCCAGGCAUGCAGCGAGCGACGUUCAAUACAAGAAGGAUUAUGAAAAGGCGAAAGGGAAAAUGGUUGGUUUCCAAAGUCUGGAAGAUGAUCCCAAACUGGUUCAUUAUGUGAAAGUGGCCAAGCUACAAUCUGAUCGAGAGUAUAAAAAAGACUAUGAGAAGACCAAGACCAAAUACAACACACCCCAUGACAUGUUCAACGUGGUGGCAGCCAAGAAAGCUCAGGAUAUCGUCAGCAAUGUCAACUACAAGCACCCUCUUCAUCAUUACACCUAUCUGCCUGAUGCCAUGGACCUGGAGUUGUCUAAAAACAUGAUGCACAUUCAGAGUAAUAAUGCCUACAAGGAAGAUUAUAACUCCUGGAUGAAAGGCAUUGGCUGGAUCCCUAUUGGCAGUCUUGAUGUAGAGAAAGUUAAAAAGGCUGGAGAUGCCCUGAAUGAAAAGAAAUACAGGCAGCAUCCGGACACCCUCAAAUUCACCAGCAUUGUCGACUCUCCUGUUAUGGUCCAAGCCAAACAGAACACACAGCAAGUUAGCGAUAUCUUAUACAAAGCUAAAGGUGAAGACAUGAAGCACAAAUACACAAUGAGUCCUGAUCUUCCCCAGUUUCUGCAGGCCAAGUGCAAUGCUUACAAUAUCAGUGAUGUGUGUUACAAACGAGACUGGCAUGACUUAAUAGCCAAGGGCAACAACGUGUUGGGUGAUGCUAUUCCCAUCACUGCGGCCAAGGCAUCAAGGAAUAUUGCUAGUGAUUAUAAAUACAAGGAAGCUUAUGAAAAGGCAAAGGGAAAGCAUGUGGGUUUCAGAAGCUUGCAAGACGAUCCCAAGCUGGUCCACUACAUGAAUGUGGCAAAGCUGCAGUCUGAUCGCGAAUACAAGAAGAACUACGAGAACACAAAGACCAGCUAUCAUACGCCUGGGGACAUGGUCAGCAUCACAGCUGCAAGGAUGGCCCAGGAUGUUGCCACCAAUGUCAACUACAAGCAGCCAUUACAUCAUUACACGUACCUACCUGAUGCUCUGAGUGUCGAGCACACCAGAAAUGCAAAUCAAAUUCAGAGUGACAAUGUGUAUAAAGAUGAAUAUAACAGCUUCUUCAAGGGCAUUGGAUGGAUCCCCAUUGGUUCCCUGGAGGUCGAGAAAGUCAAAAAAGCAGGCGAAGCAUUAAAUGAGAGGAAGUAUCGCCAGCACCCAGACACCAUCAAGUUCACAAGUGUGCCUGACUCGAUGGGCAUGGUUUUGGCUCAGCAGAACACAAAGCAGCUAAGUGACUUGAAUUACAAGGUGGAGGGGGAGAAAAUGAAACACAAAUACACCAUGGACCCUGAGCUGCCUCAGUUUAUUCAGGCCAAGGUCAAUGCUCUCAACAUGAGUGAGGCUCAUUAUAAAGCAGAUUGGAAGAAAACCAUUGCUAAGGGCUAUGAUUUGAGACCAGAUGCUAUUCCAAUAGUUGCUGCAAAAAGUUCGCGGAAUAUUGCUAGUGAUUGCAAAUACAAGGAGGCUUAUGAGAAAGCCAAAGGCAAGCAAAUUGGAUUUCUCAGUCUUCAAGAUGACCCUAAACUGGUUCACUACAUGCAUGUGGCUAAAAUCCAGUCAGAUCGUGAAUACAGAAAGGGCUAUGAAGCCAGCAAGACAAGUUAUCACAUACCUCUGGAUAUGUUCAGUGUGACAGCUGCCAAGAAAUCUCAGGAGGUUGCUACUGGCAUCAACUAUAAACAGCCCUUCCACAACUACACACUGCUGCCUGACGCCCUGAAUGUGGAGCACUCCAAGAAUGCCAUGCAAAUUCAGAGCGAUAAUCUGUACAAAUCUGACUUCACCGGCUGGAUGAAAGGGAUUGGCUGGGUGCCCAUAGACUCGCUGGAAGUUGAGAAGGCAAAGAAAGCAGGAGAGAUCAUUAGUGAAAAGAAAUAUCGUCAGCAUCCAGAUAAGCUGAAAUUCACCUACUCCAUGGACACGAUGGAACAAGUCCUCAAUAAGAAUAACAAGCUGACAAUGAAUAAGAGACUCUACACUGAAAAAUGGAACAAAGACAAGACCACCAUUCAUGUCAUGCCUGAUACUCCAGAUAUUUUACUCUCCAAAGUCAACCAAAUCACUAUGAGUGAUAAACUGUACAAAUCUGGCUGGGAAGAAGAAAAGAAGAAAGGCUAUGACCUUAGGCCUGAUGCGAUCUCAAUAAAAGCUGCAAGAGCCUCUAGAGACAUCGCCAGUGAUUACAAAUACAAGCAAGCCUACGAACAAGCCAAAGGAAAGCACAUUGGCUUCCGGAGCCUAGAAGAUGACCCCAAGCUAGUCCACUUCAUGCAGGUGGCCAAGAUGCAGUCAGACCGGGAGUACAAGAAGGCAUAUGAGAAAUCCAAGACCUCCUUCCACACCCCGGUGGACAUGCUUAGCGUGGUGGCUGCCAAGAAGUCCCAGGAAGUGGCCACCAAUGCCAACUACAGACACGUGAUCCACACCUACAACAUGCUUCCCGAUGCCAUGAACUUUGAGUUGGCCAAGAACAUGAUGCAAAUUCAGAGUGAUAAUCAGUACAAAGCUGACUAUGCCGACUUCAUGAAGGGCAUUGGCUGGCUCCCCCUGGGCUCGCUGGAGGCUGAGAAAAACAAGAAAGCCAUGGAGAUCAUCAGUGAAAAGAAGUAUCGCCAGCACCCAGACACUUUGAAGUAUUCCACGCUGAUGGACUCAAUGAAUAUGGUUCUGGCCAAGAAUAAUGCGAAAAUUAUGAAUGAACACCUAUACAAAGAAGCAUGGGAAGCUGACAAGACCAAAAUUCACAUUAUGCCUGAUACCCCUCAGGUUAUUUUGGCAAAAGCAAAUGCUAUUAAUAUGAGUGAUAAACUCUACAAACUUUCUUUGGAAGAAUCUAGAAAGAAAGGCUAUGAUCUUAGAACUGAUGCAAUUCCUAUCAAAGCUGCCAAGGCUUCAAGAGAUAUUGCAAGUGAUUAUAAAUACAAGCACAAUUAUGAAAAAGAGAGAGGGAAAAUGGUUGGUUUCCGCAGUCUUGAGGAUGACCCUAAAUUAGUCCAUUCCAUGCAAGUGGCUAAGAUGCAAUCUGAUCGGGAGUACAAGAAAAACUACGAGAAAACAAAGACCAGUUACCAUACUCCUGCUGACAUGUUCAGUGUGAUGGCUGCCAAGGAUGCCCAAGCCAACAUCAGCAACACUAACUACAAGCGCCUGAUUCACAAGUACAUCCUCCUUCCAGAUGCAAUGAACAUCGAGCUUACCAGGAAUAUGAAUCACAUACAGAGUAACAAUGAAUAUAAGCAGGAUUACAACGAAUGGUACAAAGGGCUUGGCUGGAGUCCAGCUGGUUCUCUGGAAGUAGAGAAGGCCAAGAAGGCAACAGAAUAUGCAAGUGAUCAGAAAUACCGCCAGCACCCUAGCAACUUCCAGUUCAAGAAGCUGACAGACUCCAUGGACAUGGUUCUGGCCAAGCAGAAUGCACACACCAUGAACAAGCAUUUAUACACCAUUGAUUGGAACAAAGAUAAGACCAAGAUUCAUGUCAUGCCAGAUACACCAGAUAUUUUACAAGCCAAGCAGAAUCAGACACUGUACAGUCAGAAACUCUAUAAACUUGGAUGGGAAGAAGCUUUAAAGAAAGGUUAUGAUCUCCCAGUUGAUGCCAUUUCCGUACAGCUGGCCAAAGCAUCGAGAGAUAUUGCUAGUGAUCAUAAAUACAAACAAGGCUACCGCAAGCAACUUGGCCACCAUAUUGGAUUCAAGAGUUUGCAAGACGACCCUAAACUUGUGCUGUCCAUGAAUGUAGCCAAAAUGCAGAGUGAAAGGGAGUACAAGAAAGACUUUGAGAAGUGGAAGACCAAGUACACCAGCCCAGUAGACAUGUUGGGAGUGGUGCUGGCUAAGAAAUGUCAGGCUUUGGUCAGCGAUGUGGACUACAGGAACAUCCUGCAUCAGUGGACAUGUCUCCCCGAUCAGAAUGAUGUUAUCCAAGCUAAGAAAGUUUAUGAACUACAAAGUGAGAAUAUGUAUAAGUCUGACCUUGAGUGGCUGAAAGGCAUAGGGUGGAGUCCUCUAGGUUCUUUGGAGGCAGAAAAAAAUAAACGGGCUUCAGAAAUCAUCAGUGAAAAGAAAUACCGUCAGCCACCAGACAAAAACAAGUUCACCAGCAUUCCUGACGCCAUGGAUGUCGUUUUGGCAAAGGCAAAUGCCAAAAAUAGAAGUGAUAGACUUUAUAGAGAAGCUUGGGACAAAGACAAGACUCAAAUCCACAUUAUGCCUGAUACACCUGACAUCAUUCUGGCUAAAGCAAACUUAAUCAAUACAAGUGACAAACUCUACCGACUGGGGUAUGAGGAGCUGAAGAGAAAAGGCUACGAUCUUCCUCUUGAUGCUGUGUCAAUCAAAGCUGCAAAAGCAUCCCGGGAAAUUGCCAGUGAAUACAAGUAUAAGGAAGGUUUUCGCAAGCAGCUGGGCCAUCACAUUGGAGCCCGGAACAUUAAGGAUGACCCCAAAAUGAUGUGGUCCAUGCAUGUGGCCAAGAUCCAGAGUGACAGGGAGUACAAGAAGGACUUUGAAAAGUGGAAGACCAAGUACAGCAGCCCAGUGGACAUGCUGGGAGUGGUGCUGGCCAAGAAGUGUCAGACCCUGGUCAGUGACAUAGACUACAAGAAUGUCCUGCACCAGUGGACAUGUCUGCCUGACCAGAAUGACGUCAUUCAUGCGCGACAAGCCUAUGACCUCCAGAGUGACAAUUUGUACAAAGCUGAUCUUCAGUGGCUAAGAGGCAUUGGUUGGUUACCUACUGGUUCUCUUGAAGAUGAGAAGAACAAAAGAGCUAGCCAGAUUUUGAGUGAUCAUGUUUACCGUCAACACCCAGAUAAAUUCAAGUUUUCCAGCCUUAUGGACUCAAUACCAAUGGUUUUGGCAAAAAACAAUGCUACUACCAUGAACCAUCGCCUCUACACAGAAGCUUGGGACAAGGAUAAAACCACUAUUCACAUAAUGCCAGACACCCCUGAAGUUAUACUAGCUAAACAAAACAAGAUAAACUACAGUGAGAAACUAUAUAAACUUGGCCUAGAAGAAGCCAGGAAGAAAGGCUAUGAUUUGCGAGUCGAUGCUAUUCCGAUCAAGGCGGCCAAAGCCUCCAGAGAUAUCGCAAGUGAAUUUAAGUACAAAGAAGGCUACCGAAAGCAACUUGGCCACCACAUUGGUGCCCGAGCUAUUCACGAUGACCCCAAGAUGAUGUGGUCCAUGCAUGUGGCCAAGAUCCAGAGUGACAGGGAGUACAAGAAGGACUUUGAGAAGUGGAAGACCAAGUACAGCAGCCCAGUGGACAUGCUGGGGGUGGUGCUGGCCAAGAAGUGUCAGACCCUGGUCAGUGACAUAGACUACAAGAACAUCCUGCACCAGUGGACAUGUCUGCCUGACCAGAAUGAUGUCAUCCAUGCACGACAGGCCUAUGACCUUCAGAGUGACAACAUGUACAAGUCUGAUCUUCAAUGGAUGAGAGGCAUUGGCUGGGUGCCCAUUGGCUCUUUAGAUGUGGAAAAAUGCAAAAGAGCAACUGAAAUUUUGAGUGAUAAAAUCUACCGUCAGCAUCCAGACACACUGAAAUUUACCAGCGUGACCGAUUCUCUGGAACAAGUGUUGGCCAAGAACAAUGCCAUCACCAUGAACAAGCGUUUAUACACAGAAGCCUGGGACAAAGACAAGACCCAGAUUCACAUAAUGCCAGACACACCAGAGAUCAUGUUGGCGAGAAUGAACAAAAUCAACUACAGCGAGAGUCUGUAUAAACUUGCCAAUGAGGAAGCAAAGAAGAAAGGCUAUGACUUGCGAAGUGAUGCCAUCCCCAUCGUUGCAGCCAAGGCCUCCAGGGACAUCGCCAGCGAUUAUAAAUAUAAAGAUGGCUACCGCAAGCAGCUCGGCCACCACAUUGGAGCCCGGAACAUUAAGGAUGACCCCAAGAUGAUGUGGUCCAUGCAUGUGGCCAAGAUCCAGAGUGACAGAGAGUACAAGAAGGACUUUGAGAAGUGGAAGACCAAGUACAGCAGCCCAGUCGACAUGUUGGGGGUGGUGCUGGCCAAGAAGUGUCAGACCCUGGUCAGUGACAUAGACUACAAGAACAUCCUACACCAGUGGACAUGUCUGCCUGACCAGAAUGAUGUCAUCCAUGCGCGACAGGCCUAUGAUCUCCAGAGUGAUAACAUGUAUAAGUCAGAUCUCCAGUGGAUGAGAGGCAUUGGAUGGGUCCCCAUCGGGUCUCUGGAUGUGGUCAAGUGCAAGAGAGCAGCGGAGAUACUAAGUGAUAAUAUCUACCGCCAACCUCCAGACAAGCUGAAGUUUACCAGUGUUACAGACUCUCUGGAACAGGUGCUGGCCAAGAACAACGCCAUCACAAUGAACAAGCGCUUAUACACAGAAGCCUGGGACAAAGACAAAACUCAAAUCCACAUCAUGCCAGACACACCUGAAAUUAUGUUGGCCAGACAAAACAAAAUAAAUUAUAGUGAGAGCCUCUAUCGUCAGGCCAUGGAAGAAGCCAAGAAGGAAGGCUAUGACUUGAGAAGUGAUGCCAUUCCCAUUGUGGCUGCGAAGGCGUCCAGGGACAUUGCCAGUGAUUACAAAUACAAAGAAGCUUACCGUAAGCAGCUGGGCCACCACAUUGGUGCCCGAGCCAUACAUGAUGACCCCAAGAUGAUGUGGUCACUCCACAUUGCAAAAGUGCAGAGUGACCGGGAGUACAAGAAGGAAUUUGAGAAAUACAAAACCAGGUACAGCAGCCCGGUGGACAUGCUUGGCAUCGUCUUGGCCAAGAAGUGCCAGACCUUGGUCAGCGACGUGGACUACAAACAUCCCCUCCAUGAAUGGACCUGUCUGCCAGACCAGAAUGAUGUGAUUCAGGCGCGGAAAGCCUAUGACCUCCAGAGUGACAAUUUGUAUAAAGCAGACCUUGAAUGGAUGAAAGGCAUUGGCUGGGUUCCCAUUGGUUCCUUGGAAGUUGUUAAAGCCAAGAGGGCCACAGAGAUACUGAGUGACAAUAUCUACCGUCAGCGUCCAGACAAAUUCAAGUUCACCAGUGUAACUGACUCCUUAGAGCAAGUGCUGGCAAAGAACAAUGCAAUAACCAUGAAUAAGCGCUUAUACACUGAAGCCUGGGACAAUGAUAAGAAAACAAUCCAUGUCAUGCCUGAUACACCAGAAAUCAUGCUAGCCAAACUCAACCGAAUAAACUACAGUGAUAAACUCUAUAAACUGGCCUUGGAAGAAUCCAAGAAGGAAGGUUAUGACUUGCGAGUGGACGCCAUUCCCAUCCAAGCAGCCAAGGCUUCAAGAGAUAUCGCUAGUGAUUACAAGUAUAAGCAAGGCUACCGCAAACAACUCGGCCACCACAUUGGAGCCCGGAACAUUAAGGAUGACCCCAAGAUGAUGUGGUCCAUCCAUGUGGCCAAGAUCCAGAGUGACAGAGAGUACAAGAAGGACUUUGAGAAGUGGAAGACCAAGUACAGCAGCCCAGUGGACAUGCUGGGAGUGGUGCUGGCCAAGAAGUGCCAGAUCCUUGUAAGCGACAUAGACUACAAGCAUCCCCUGCAUGAAUGGACCUGCCUGCCAGAUCAGAAUGAUGUCAUCCAGGCUCGGAAGGCCUAUGACCUGCAGAGCGAUGCUGUUUACAAGGCUGAUCUUGAGUGGCUGAAAGGCAUCGGAUGGGUUCCCAUUGGCUCUGUAGAGGUGGAAAAAGUGAAGAGAGCUGGAGAAAUCCUGAGUGACAGGAAGUACCGCCAGCCUGCAGACCAGCUCAAAUUCACAUGCAUCACAGACACGCCAGAAAUUGUCCUGGCGAAGAGCAAUGCCCUGACAAUGAGCAAGCAUUUAUAUACAGAAGCCUGGGAUGCUGACAAAACCACUAUCCACGUCAUGCCAGACACUCCUGAAAUCAUGCUAGCCAAGAGCAAUUCUGUCAAUAUUAGCCAUAAACUUUACACUAAGGGAUGGGAUGAAUCAAAGAUGAAGGACUACGAUCUGAGAGCUGAUGCUAUUUCCAUCAAAAGUGCCAAGGCCUCGAGGGACAUUGCCAGUGAUUACAAAUACAAAGAAGCCUAUGAGAAACAGAAAGGCCACCACAUUGGAGCCCAGAGUGUUCAAGAUGAUCCCAGGAUUAUGUGUGCCAUGCAUGCAGGGAAGAUUCAGAGUGAAAGGGAAUACAAGAAAGAUUUCCAGAAGUGGAAGACCAAGUUCAGUAGCCCGGUAGACAUGUUGGGCAUUUUGCUGGCCAAGAAAUGUCAGACACUGGUCAGUGACAUUGAUUAUCGCAAUUACCUACACAACUGGACAUGCCUGCCUGACCAAAAUGAUGUCAUCCAAGCCAAAAAGGCCUAUGAACUGCAGAGUGAUGCUAUCUACAAGGCUGACCUGGAGUGGUUACGUGGCAUUGGCUGGAUGCCUGAAGGGUCACCUGAAGUACUGAGGGUCAAAAAUGCCCAGGAGAUUCUACGAGACAGUGUCUAUCGGACGCCCGUGGAGAAACUCAAGUACACGAGUAUCGUUGACACUCCUGAAGUGGUCCUCGCUAAAGCAAAUGCUGAAAAUAUUAGCAUUCCAAAGUACAGAGAAGUUUGGGACAAAGAUAAAACUUCCAUCCAUAUAAUGCCAGAUACUCCAGAAAUUAAUCUCGCGAGAGCAAAUGCUCUGAAUGUAAGCAAUAAAAUUUACCGAGAAGGCUGGGAUGAGGUGAAAGCAAGCUGUGAUGUCCGGCUGGAUGCUAUCCCCAUCCAGGCUGCCAAGGCCUCCCGGGAGAUAGCCAGUGAUUAUAAGUACAAGCUUGACCAUGAGAAGCAAAGGGGGCACUACGUGGGCACUCUCACAGCCAGGGAUGACAACAGGAUCCGCUGGGCCCUCAUAGCCGACAAGCUUCAGAAUGAACGAGAGUACCGGCUGCAGUGGGCCAAAUGGAAGACCAAGAUCCAAAGCCCAGUAGACAUGCUUUCCAUCUUACAUUCUAAGAAAUGUCAGACUCUGGUCAGUGACAUUGAUUACCGUAAUUAUCUCCACCAGUGGACAUGCCUGCCCGACCAGAACGAUGUGAUUCAGGCCAAGAAAGCCUAUGAGCUUCAAAGUGAUGCUGUUUACAAGUCUGACUUGGAAUGGUUACGUGGAAUUGGAUGGAUGCCAAAUGAUUCCGUUUCUGUCAAUCAUGCCAAGCAUGCUGCGGAUAUCUUCAGCGAGAGCAAAUAUCGCACAAAAAUAGAAACUCUCAACUUUACUCCAGUGGAUGACAGAGUUGAUUACGUGACAGCAAAGCAGAGUGGCGAGAUCCUCAAUGAUAUUAAGUAUCGGAAAGAUUGGAAUGACAGCAAAUCGAAGUACACGCUCACAGAAACCCCUCUACUGCACACUGCCCAGGAGGCAGCCCGCAUACUGGACCAGUACCUGUACAAGGAAGGCUGGGAGAAACAAAAAGCCACAGGUUAUAUUUUGCCUCCCGACGCUGUGCCUUUUGUCCAUGCCCAUCACUCCAGCGAUGUUCAGAGUGAGCUGAAGUACAAAGCUGAACACGUAAAGCAAAAGGGCCAUUAUGUUGGUGUUCCGACCAUGAGAGAUGAUCCGAAGCUGGUUUGGUUUGAGCAUGCUGGCCAGAUUCAGAAUGACAGACUCUACAAAGUGGACUAUCACAAAACAAAGUCCAAAAUCAAUAUUCCUGCAGACAUGGUCUCUGUCUUGGCUGCCAAGCAGGGGCAGAACCUUGUCAGUGACAUUGAUUACCGUAAUUACCUGCACCAAUGGACAUGCCAUCCUGACCAAAAUGAUGUCAUUCAGGCAAGGAAGGCCUAUGACCUGCAGAGUGAUAAUGUCUACAAAGCUGAUCUGGAGUGGCUUCGAGGCAUUGGUUGGAUCCCACUGGAUUCUGUGGACCAUGUGAGGGUUACUAAGAACCAGGAGAUGGUGAAUCAGAUAAAAUACAAGAAAGAUGCUCUUAACAAUUAUCCUAAUUUUACAAGUGUGGUAGAUCCUCCAGAGAUUGUUUUGGCCAAGAUUAAUGCAGUCAAUCAAAGUGAUGUGAAAUAUAAAGAAACAUUCAACAAAGCCAAGGGCAAAUAUAUAUUUUCUCCAGACACACCACAUAUCACCCACUCCAAAGACAUGGGGAAACUCUACAGCACUAUACUGUACAAAGGAGCAUGGGAGGGAACUAAGGCCUAUGGCUACACUUUGGAUGAGCGUUAUAUUCCUAUUGUUGGAGCCAAGCAUGCUGACUAUGUAAACAGUGAGCUUAAAUACAAAGAGACAUAUGAAAAGCAGAAGGGCCACUACCUAGCUGGGAAAGAAAUCAGCGAGUUCCCUGCUGUGGUUCACAGUCUGGAUUUCCAAAAAAUGAGGAGUGCGUUGAACUACCGAAGGCAUUAUGAGGACACCAAAGCAAAUGUUCAUAUCCCCAAUGACAUGAUGAACCACGUACUGGCUAAAAAGUGCCAGUACAUCCUCAGUGACCUGGAGUAUCGGCACUACUUCCACCAGUGGACUUCUCUUCCAGAGGAACCCAAAAUUAUACUUGCCCGAAAUGCCCAGGAGAUCCUGAGUGAUAAUGUAUACAAAGAGGACUUGAAUUGGCUGAAAGGCAUUGGAUGCUACGUUUGGGAUACACCUCAAAUCCUGCAUGCCAAGAAAUCGUAUGACCUCCAGAGUCAGAUACAAUACACGGCAGCAGGUAAAGAAAACCUAAAAAAUUAUAAUAUGGUCACAGAUACACCAGUUUAUGUGACUGCUCUUCAAAGUGGAAUUAAUGCCAGUGAGGUGAAAUAUAAAGAAAAUUAUCAUCAGAUUAAAGACAAAUACACAACCGUCCUGGAAACAGUGGAUUAUGACAGAACCAAGAAUCUGAAGAAUCUCUAUAGCAGUAUCAAAUAUCGGGAAGAAUAUGAAAAAUUCAAAGCUCUUUACACUUUACCAAGAAGUGUUGACGACGAUCCCAACACAGCACGGUGCCUCCGGGUCGGCAAGCUUAACAUUGACCGCCUGUACAGAUCAGUUUAUGAAAAGAAUAAGAUGAAAAUCCACAUGGUGCCUGACAUGGUGGAGAUGGUGACAGCUAAGGAUUCGCAGAAGAAAGUCAGUGAGAUCGACUAUCGCCGGCACCUGCAUGAGUGGAUUUGCCACCCUGACUUACAAGUCAACAGCCACGUCCGGAAAGUCACAGAUCAGAUCAGCGAUAUUGUUUACAAGGACGAUCUUACCUGGCUGAAAGGCAUUGGUUGCUAUGUCUGGGACACUCCUGAAAUUCUCCAUGCCAAGCAUGCCUAUGACCUGCGCAAUGAUAUCAAGUACAAAGCUCAUGUGCUGAAAACCAGAAACGACUACAGUCUGGUCACUGAUACACCAGUCUAUGUCCAGGCUGUCAGAAGUGGGAAUCAGCUAAGUGACGCUGUCUACCACCAUGACUACAUCCACAGUGUCAGAGGCAAAGUGGCUCCAACUACAAAAACCGUGGAUCUGGACCGUGCCCUGCACGCUUACAAGCUCCAGAGUGAGAACCUGUACCGAGGACCUGGCCUGCGCUCACUGCCCACUGGCUACCGGCUUCCUGUCGACACGCCUCACUUCAAACACAACAAGGAAAACCGAUACAUGAGCAGUUAUUUCAAGUACAAAGAAGCUUAUGAACACAUCAAGGCAAAUGGGUACACACUUGGCCCCAAUGAUGUUCCAUUUGUCAAUGUCCGACGAGUCAACAAUGUUACCAGUGAGAGACUGUAUCGAGAAUUGUACCACAAAUUGAAAGACAAGAUUCACACAACUCCUGAUACUCCUGAGAUCCGCCAAGUCAAAAAGACACAAGAAGCUGUCAGUGAGCUGAUCUACAAAUCAGAUUUCUUCAAGAUGCAGGGCCACAUGAUCUCCUUGCCAUACACACCCCAAGUGAUCCAUUGUCGCUACGUGGGAGACAUCACCAGUGAUAUUAAAUACAAAGAGGACCUGCAGAUCCUGAAGGGCCUGGGCUGCUUCCUAUAUGACACUCCUGACAUGGUCCGCUCCCGGCACUUGCGGAAGCUGUGGUCUAAUUACGUAUACACUGACAGCGCAAGGAAGAUGCGUGACAAAUACAAAGUGGUGCUUGACACGCCAGAAUACAGAAAAGUGCAGGAGCUGAAGACACAUCUGAGUGAGCUGGUGUACAGAGCUUCAGGCAAGAAGCAAAAGUCAGUCUUCACUUCUGUUCCUGAUACUCCAGAUCUUUUACGAGCCAAGAGAGGACAGAAGCUUCAGAGUCAGUAUCUAUAUGUUGAACUUGCCACCAAAGAGAGACCACAUCAUCAUGCUGGCAAUCAGACCACAGCCUUGAAGCAUGCCAAAGAAGUAAAGGACAUGGUCAGCGAGAAAAAGUACAAGAUUCAAUAUGAGAAGAUGAAGGACAGAUACACCCCGGUUCCAGAUACACCAAUCCUCAUCAGAGCCAAGAAGGCUUACUGGAAUGCCAGUGAUCUACGCUACAAGGAAACAUUUGAAAAGACCAAAGGGAAAUACCACACCGUGAAGGAUGCACUGGACAUUGUUUAUCAUCGCAAAGUCACAGAUGACAUCAGUAAAGUGAAGUACAAGGCGAAUUACAUGAGCCAGCUGGGAAUCUGGAGAUCCAUUCCUGACCGUCCAGAGCAUUUCCACCACCGAGCAGUCACCGACGCAGUCAGCGAUGUAAAAUACAAAGAAGAUUUAACCUGGCUGAAAGGCAUUGGUUGCUAUGCCUACGAUACCCCUGACUUUAGUCUGGCUGAAAAGAACAAAACUCUGUACAGCAAGUAUAAAUAUAAAGAGGUAUUUGAAAGGAUGAAGUCCAAUUUCAACUACGUUGCUGACUGUCCAAUCAAUAGGCAUUUCAAAUAUGCAACUCAAUUGAUGAAUGAGAAAAAAUACAGAGCUGAUUAUGAGCAGCGGAAAGAUAAAUACCACCUGGUGGUCGAUGAGCCUAGACAUCUGCUGGCUAAGACCGCAGGAGACCAGAUCAGCCAGAUCAAGUACAGGAAAAAAUAUGAAAAAUCAAAAGACAAGUUCACUUCCAUUGUGGAUACUCCAGAACACCUGAGGACCACAAAAGUCAACAAACAAAUCAGUGAUAUCCUUUACAAACUGGAAUACAACAAGGCCAAACCCAGAGGCUAUACCACAAUCCAUGACACACCGAUGUUGCUGCAUGUCCGCAAAGUUAAGGAUGAAGUCAGUGAUCUAAAAUACAAAGAAGUUUACCAAAGAAAUAAAUCCAACUGCACCAUUGAGCCAGAUGCUGUUCACAUCAAAGCAGCCAAGGAUGCCUACAAAGUCAACACCAACCUUGACUACAAGAAGCUGUAUGAAGCAAACAAAGCUCACUGGAAGUGGACGCCUGACCGGCCCGACUUCAUCCAGGCAGCCAAGUCCUCUCUGCAGCAAAGCGAUUUUGAAUACAAGCUGGACCGAGAAUUCCUUAAGGGUUGCAAGCUUUCUGUCACUGAUGACAAAGACAUGGUGCUGGCCCUGAAGAACACUUUGAUUGAAAGUGACUUGAAAUACAAAGAGAAACAUGUCAAGGAAAGAGGCACCUGCCAUGCUGUGCCCGACACGCCUCAGAUCCUUCUGGCAAAGACUGUCAGCCAUCUGGUGUCUGAGAACAAGUACAAGGACCAUGUCAAGAAGCACUUGGCCCAGGGAUCAUAUACAACACUGCCAGAGACCCGCGACACUGUUCACGUCAAGGAAGUGACCAAGAAUGUCAGUGAUACAAAUUAUAAAAAGAAGUAUGUCAAAGAGAAAGGGAAAUCCAACUACUCCAUCAUGUUGGAGCCACCAGAUGUGAAGCAUGCUAUGGAAGUGGCCAAGAAGCAGAGUGACGUUGCUUACAAAAAAGAUGCCAAAGAGAACCUACAUUACACCACAGUGGCAGACCGGCCGGACAUCAAGAAGGCUACACAGGCAGCCAAACAGGCCAGUGAGGUGGAGUACAGAGCUAAGCACCGCAAGGAAGGCAGCCAUGGCUUAAGCAUGCUCGGUCGUCCAGACAUUGAAAUGGCCAAGAAGGCAGCCAGGCUGAGCAGCCAGGUCAAAUAUCGGGAGAAUUUUGACAAAGAGAAGGGCAAGACACCAAAAUAUAAUCCAAAAGACAGCCAGCUCUAUAAAACUAUGAAAGAUGCUAAUAAUCUUGCAAGUGAGGUUAAAUAUAAGGCGGAUCUGAAGAAACUUCACAAACCUGUGACUGACAUGAAGGAAUCACUGAUAAUGAAUCAUGUCCUGAAUACAAGCCAGCUUGCUAGUUCUUACCAGUACAAGAAGAAGUAUGAGAAGAGUAAAGGCCACUACCACACAAUACCUGAUAAUCUGGAGCAACUUCAUCUAAAAGAGGCUACAGAAUUACAGAGUGUAGUGAAAUACAAAGAAAAAUAUGAAAAGGAACGAGGGAAGCCCAUGUUGGACUUUGAAACACCAACAUAUAUCACUGCCAAAGAAUCUCAGCAAAUGCAGAGUGGGAAAGAAUAUAGGAAAGAUUAUGAAGAGUCCAUAAAAGGCAGAAACCUGACUGGCCUGGAGGUCACGCCAGCUUUAUUACAUGUCAAAUAUGCCACCAAAAUAGCCAGCGAGAAAGAGUACAGGAAAGAUCUAGAAGAAAGCAUCCGUGGUAAGGGCCUCACUGAAAUGGAAGAUACCCCCGACAUGCUAAGGGCAAAGAAUGCCACUCAGAUUCUCAAUGAGAAAGACUACAAGAGAGACCUGGAGCUAGAAGUCAAAGGAAGAGGCCUAAAUGCGAUGGCCAAUGAAACUCCUGAUUUUAUGAGGGCCAGGAAUGCUACUGAUAUUGCCAGCCAGAUUAAAUACAAGCAAUCAGCAGAAAUGGAAAAAGCCAAUUUCACUUCUGUGGUUGAUACUCCAGAGAUCAUUCAUGCUCAACAAGUGAAGAAUCUUUCAAGCCAGAAAAAGUACAAAGAAGAUGCAGAGAAGUCCAUGUCAUAUUAUGAGACUGUUUUGGAUACCCCUGAGAUGCAGAGAGUCCGGGAAAACCAAAAGAAUUUCAGCAUUCUUCAAUACCAGUGUGACCUUAAAAACAGUAAAGGAAAAAUUACAGUUGUUCAAGAUACACCAGAAAUACUGCGUGUUAAAGAAAACCAAAAGAAUUUCAGCUCGGUUUUAUAUAAAGAGGAUGUCUCACCAGGAACAGCGAUUGGCAAGACCCCUGAGAUGAUGAGAGUGAAGAAAACCCAGGACCACAUUAGCUCGGUGAAGUAUAAAGAAGCAAUUGGACAAGGAACUCCAAUUCCUGACCUGCCUGAAGUGAAGCGUGUCAAGGAGACCCAGAAGCAUAUUAGCUCGGUUCUGUACAAAGAAAACCUGGGAACAGGCAUACCAACCCCUGUCACUCCAGAGAUUGAGAGAGUCAGACGCAAUCAAGAGAACUUUAGCUCGGUUCUGUACAAAGAAAAUUUGGGGAAAGGAACCCCAACACCUGUCACUCCAGAGAUGGAGAGAGUCAAACGCAAUCAAGAGAACUUUAGCUCGGUCUUGUACAAAGAAAACAUGGGCAAGGGGACCCCUUUACCUGUCACUCCUGAGAUGGAGAGAGUCAAACACAAUCAAGAAAAUAUUAGCUCGGUUUUGUACAAAGAAAAUGUGGGGAAGGCCACCCCAACCCCUGUCACUCCAGAGAUGCAGAGAGUCAAGCGCAACCAAGAAAACAUUAGCUCGGUGUUAUACAAAGAGAAUCUGGGGAAAGCAACCCCCACCCCCUUUACUCCUGAGAUGGAAAGAGUCAAACGCAAUCAAGAGAACUUUAGCUCGGUGUUGUACAAAGAGAAUAUGAGAAAGGCAACCCCGACUCCCAUCACUCCGGAGAUGGAGAGAGCUAAGCGCAACCAGGAAAACAUUAGCUCGGUACUAUAUUCUGAUAGCUUCCGGAAACAAAUACAGGGCAAAGCUGCCUACGUCUUGGACACUCCAGAGAUGAGACGGGUGAGGGAGACCCAACGCCACAUCUCAACAGUGAAAUAUCACGAGGAUUUUGAAAAGCACAAGGGUUGCUUCACGCCAGUGGUGACUGAUCCUGUCACUGAACGAGUUAAGAAGAACACACAAGACUUCAGUGACAUCAACUACCGAGGCAUUCAGAGAAAAGUGGUAGAAAUGGAACAAAAACGGAAUGACCAGGACCAGGAGACUAUUACAGGUCUGCGUGUCUGGCGUACUAAUCCUGGCUCGGUUUUUGACUACGAUCCGGCAGAAGACAACAUUCAGUCUCGGAGCUUACACAUGAUCAAUGCACAAGCUCAGCGUCGGAGCCAAUCCCGAUCUGCCAGCGUGAUGAGCAUCAGUGGGGGCGAGGAGAAGUCUGAGCAUUCUGAAGCGGGCAACCAGCAUCUCUCGACCUACAGUGAUGGAGGCGUCUUCUUCAACAUAACUGCAACAGCUUAUAAACAUGCAAAAACCACAGAGCUCCCACAACAACGGUCCUCUUCAGUUGCUACCCAACAAACUACUGUAUCUUCCAUCCCAUCUCAUCCAUCUACUGCUGGAAAAAUUUUCCGUGCUAUGUAUGACUACAUGGCUGCUGAUGCAGAUGAAGUGUCUUUUAAAGAUGGAGAUGCUAUUGUGAAUGUACAAGCUAUUGAUGAAGGUUGGAUGUAUGGCACUGUGCAGAGGACGGGCAGAACAGGCAUGCUACCAGCUAACUAUGUUGAAGCUAUUUAA